CACCGCAGGGCGCGGUCGAUUACAAAUGAGGCCAUCCGAUAUAAAGACGGUGUGAGGCUUCGACAGAAGCAAACAAGUCCAAUUCCCAUCCAGAGUACAUUUUGAACCGUUAUAACUCUGAUUCGUCGAACCGAACGCACACAAAUUACAAUGGCUCAAGUCACGCUCUACGAUAUCCCCACUCGAGAGCCGAGGAAGGGCUGGUCAUUGAACCCGUGGAAACCUCGCAUGGUUUUGAAUUACAAGGGAAUUGAUUACAAGACGGAAUGGACCGAGUAUCCGGACAUUGAUGGCAAAUUCAGAUCUUUUGGCAUCACACCACAUGAUCGGAACGACCCGAGCUUCCUGGCAGAAUAUACCUCUCCAGUUGUACGCUUCGACGACGGCACAUUUGUGAUGGACUCUUGGAAUAUCGCACACGAAAUCGAAAAGCGCUACCCGACUCCCUCUUUAGGCCUUGACGAACCAAUCGUCGUCCAAAUCAAAGAGUUCAUCUCCAAGCUGUUCGUUCCGUUGGCUGCAGAGAUUCUGCCCAAGAUUCCUCGAAACCUCCUGAGCGCACCCUCUGCCGAGUACUUUGAGCGUACUCGCGCGGCCAAGUUCGGCAUGAGCCUGACCCAGUUCGAGAAAGAGAAGGGUGGUGAUAAGGCCUGGGAGGCUGCCGAAGCGCCUGUCAAAGAGCUGGCUGGUAUCCUGAAGAAGAAUGGUGGUCCUUACUUCCUGGGCGAUAGAGUGACUUAUGCUGAUUUCAUUCUGGUGACGUUCUUGGAGUUCCUUAAGCGUAUCGGCGAUGGACUGUACGAGAAGUUCACUGCUUUCGAUCCGGCCUUCGAGAAGUUGUAUGAUGCUUCGAAGCAGUGGCUCAACAAGGAUGAUUGAGCAAUGAAUGUGUCGUGCAGGUAACAGACGUAGCAGCACAAAAGCAGCAAUAUAACGAAUUGAUGAUCACACAUACCCCAAGUUGUACUUCGUCAAAUCUGGUGUGUGCGGCUAUCUUUUUGACGAGCCCACCAGCUUCAGAGCAUUAAGCAGGACUUCACGAUCCGUUUGAAAGGUCAGUUUCUCAACGGCCUCGUCGCAUGAAAAGAACUCU